AUGAGUAGAAAGGCAUUAGGUUUUGAUGAUUCUGAAAGUGAGGAUGAAGCUGAAGUUGUGGCUCCCAAAAGACCGGGAACUCAUAGGGAUUUAAUAGCCGAGAGUUUAAAGAAUCAAGCCAAAGUGAAGAAGUAUGAAGAAUCAACUCCAGAUAUUUAUCAAUACGAUGAAGUUUACGAUGAUAUUGAAGCUGAAAGGGAAUCCAAGAAACCAAAGAAGCAAGAUGAUGGUGGCUCCAAAUAUAUUGAGAGGUUGAUGGAGGCUAAGAAGCAGAGAAAUAUGGAUAAGUUGUAUGUUCAAGAUUUAAAAGUUCAGAAAGAGAGGGAAUUAGAAGGUGAUGAAUUCAAGGAUAAAGAAAGUUUUGUUACCAGUGGAUAUAAAGAAUUUAGAGAAGAGAGAAUGAAGGAGCAAGAGAAUGAAAAUAUGGGCAACAAGAGUCAAGGUAAUUUCAGAGAAUCAAUUUUGAAGAAGAAUGAGCCAUUGAAGUCUAGUCCAAAUGUUUCUAAACCAAAGAGGAUCAUUACUCAUGAACUUGCUAAACCUCAAUUCGUUGAAGAACCUGUCACAAAGAGUCGGUAUUUACCUAAAUUAACAACUGAUGAGAUUGAACAAUAUAGGAUGCGUUAUUUUGAAAGAAAAAAGACAGCUAUAAUAUGA